AUUUGGUGGGAGAGUCAGUAUCCUCCUGGUUAUUCCUGUACUGUAUUCUAAUACGGGGUUUGCGUCUGUUGUGUGUGACGUUUUUAUAACUGCUAUCAAACAGCUAAAAGAUAAUGUCUGGUAGGACAGUUCUCAGUAGACCACGCACUCGUAUCUAUGAUGCAAAUUACAAUAUUGGACAAAAUUACUACAGACCAGCUUUAGAUCGUUUAGACAAAAAAUAUUCUCCAAGGCCUCCGUCUCCUUUAAGAUCCUCUAUUGCCCGGGACAUUCUCAGCCGCCAUGAAGAAGCUUUUGCUGAUGAAGAUUUAGCAACAUCUCGGAGGCGUGCAGAAAAACACAUCGCAGAGAACAAUCUGUUUGAUUCUCGAGGAGGACGAAUUGCUCAGCGUGCUUUAGAUUUAAUUCAAAACGAUAUAAACGAAGAGACUGCUACAGCUUUGAAAAGGAUCAGAGCCAAUAAAACUGUGUCUGUUGCCGAAAACACAGACUUUGAGAGUACUGUCAACAAUAUAAAUUCACAACGUCUCCUGCAAAGAUCUGAAAAAGCACUUAGAAGUGUUGGUCUUGACGAAAAUUCUCGUAAAGCAUUGGAUGAAGACAUUAGUAUCAAAAGGCGUACUUUAAAAGUAAGUUAUGAAGGUGAUAGCGGGGAUCUUGUGAAAUGGAGACCUUUGCAAGCCACAGAGGAAAGAGAAAGUGCUGCUGCUAUUAGAGCAAAACAAUCAAGAGAUAGACUUCUUGAUUUAGAAGAUGAAAUGGCUGCUUUGAGUGAAAAACAAGCUGCUAGAGAGCGUAGAGCCGCAAGAUUCAAAGCACUUGUUGCUGAAAGCACAGAACAAACGGAAGCAGCGCAGUCCGCUAUUAAAGCAGUUAGUCUGGUAUCUCGUCGUGAACAAAGAACUUUAGAAGAAUAGUAAAAUGUUUAAAACAGAAAAUACAAACUUCUAUUGUCGCCAUUUAUUGUUACUUUUAUUUCACUUUUAUUAUGUAAUUUUUAGCAUUUGUUACUGUUAUUCUGCUUAAACUGAUUAUACUAAAUGUAUUACUGUAUCUAAUGAAAUAAAUUAGAGUAAAAAUAUAA